AUGGCUGCAUCAAAUGGCACAACCAAUGAUAAUAGUAGCAAUCAUGAUCAGCAACCAAUUGUUCAGUUUCGUGCCGCCGCCAAGGGCCCGAGGUGUCCCUUUGAAGGCCCGAUUGAAUUUUCCUUGUUUCCGGGAGGAUGUCUCAGCCUGAAAGGGAAUUCUGGAAUGGGAAAGACUACAUUAGGAAGCGUCUUGUGUGGAUUGCCAGGACAUGAUCAAGUGUUGAAGAAAUUGGACAUUGUCAUGGAACAAUGCGAAUGGGAUUCUACCAUCCCCAAGGUGGAGCGCUGUGGUGUUUUGUUUCAGCAGACGACGCUGUUGGACGAAUUGACAGUCGCGGGAAAUCUCGCAGUGGCAUUGAAACUACACAAGGAUAAGUUUGCCAACGAUCAUGAGCGUGAUUUGAAAAUCAAGCAACUUUUGGAUGCUGUGGGUCUUCACUACGAACGAGAUGCCUCCAAGAAACCAAAUGAGCUAUCUGGUGGAAUGGGGCGACGAGCCUCGUUGGCAUUGCAAUUGGCGCAACACAAGCGGGUUAUUGUUUUGGAUGAGCCAUUUACGGGUCUAGAUCACCAAACAGCUGUGAGUGUAGCCAAGGAACUGGUUCAUUUGCGACAGACGCAGAAUACCUGCCUCCUUUUGAUUUCGCACGAACCUCAUUUGGCAGAAGUGGUGAUGGAUCCCACCAAGACACACAACAACCAAGUAAUAGAGUUGAAACCAAAGCAAUCACAAUCCAAGGACGACUCGCAGUCUUCUACUAGCGUCAAACCCAGCUUGUUUGGAACAACCUUUCGAGAUCGGUGUUUGGAUCGUUUGGUGGAUUACAUUGGAUACAGUUUGCCCCUCAUUGCCAUGGCCUUUUGUGCCACUGGAUUGGCCGUGGCAAUGCUCACUGCUGACUUAUUGAGACGACUGGAUAUUCAAGACCAGGUCUUGGAGUUGGUAGAGACUGAAGUGAAACCACUCAUCAAGAUAUUGACGGGCGAAGAAGCCAAUAUGCUCCAGAUGCUGGGAGUUCGAAUGAAGAUUAUGGACCUUUUGCAAAAGACUGUACCUCCAGCAAAGGCUAGUUUGUUUGCUAUUGGAUUGACUAAAUUGUUUGUUUUGGAAGUGGGGCCUCUGUUGACUGCCCUCCUAUUAUGCGGUCGGAUCGGGGGAUCCUAUGCUGGUAAAGUUGGAACCAUGCAAGCCACGAAGCAAAACAAACUGCUACAGACUUUGGGGAUUGCUCCGCAAUGGUGGACCCUGGGACCAUCCUUGGUGGCCGCCAUUGUAGCUGCACCACUUUUGACUGUGAUUGGGACUGCCUUGGCGGUUGGAUUGGGCGGAAUUGUCGGUCCUUCCUACUACGGGAUUGGGACGCUGGAACAGUUUCGAAAGGAUUCGUUGGAUGCCGUAUUUCCAGCCUUACGGCUGGUCAGCUUUCAAGGUUUGGAUUGGAGGGUCACCUACCAAUCGAAUCCUACAUGGGUGGAUACGCUGGUUGAAGUUGGAACUUAUCCACCAAUAUAUUUGCUGCUAAAGGCUACUACUUCGAUUUGGAUUAUCUUGGGUGUUGCCGAAGUGAUUGCAAGGAUGCAACCAAACCUGACGUCGAGAGGAGUACCAGGAGUCAUCACAUUUUCAGUGGUCCUUUCCGGCCUAUUGGUCAUUCUUGCGGACUGGGGAUUCAGUCAAUUUUGGCUCUUGCGACAAUAA